AGGGGCGGAGACAUACUGGAAAACAACAGCGGGGAACGCCUACAACCGACGCAGUAACACUAGAAAAAUUCGAUUCCUCAGAACUGUUUGACAGACGUUGUUUGUAACAAUUAAUUACACGCUAUUGAGUACCGAGAAUUUCAGCAAAUCUAUAAAUUGUGAGUGGUCGGGGCGACACUCAACAAAGGCGACUUCGGUCCAUCCGUAUGGUAUGAGAUCGUUUCAGUAUGGCGCAGCACCUCAAAAUGUUGCGACAUAAGUUUCCUUUGACGGGAAGUGGGUGGUCCUACUCCUGAUUCACUGGUCAGGACGUAAAACAAAUGACGCUCACGGAGAUUUUCGCCUUUAUUUACUAGGUUUUAGCCAUACAGAAAACUUGUAUUUAUCCAGCAAAGUUUAUACAGGGACCAAAAUUGACGCCAGUUUGUUGUAAUCAUGGUGUCUGCAAGAGUGCUCCAGCUGUUGGUGUUAGCUUACCUUGCUUCUGCUCUCAAUGCUACAGACAAUGACAGCCAUUUGGUGAUAGCCCCACAGUCUCCAGUGGUGGAAAUUGGGACUAAUUUCACAGCUACAUGCAUGAUCAUCAACACAGCUGAAGUUACAGCAGAUGACCUUUACUGGACUCUGCCUAAAACUGUUGUACCCAAAGAACAGUACACCAGGAUCAACAGAUCAGCUCUCAGUGUCACUGUCCCCAUCACCGGUGAAAACACUGAAUGGUUGUUUUGCCGCUGCAAGAAUGCGUCACCCUAUGUUGUUCUGAACAAAGGCAAAUUUAUUCACGGGAUUAUCCUUACUAAAGGCUAUCGUCCAGAGAAGCCUGUGAAUCUGUCCUGUGUGGCAGUUCAGGAGGAAAUGUUGGUCUCUCCAAAAUUCAGCUGUACGUGGGAAGUUGUGGGACGUCAAAGUGCAGAUGUCCCUACAGAAUACAUACUGAAGGUUGAAAAUAUCUCCGGUGAGACCUUUGAAAACUCGACAUAUGGAAACACAGCCGAGGUGAUUCUGAACAUUUUCCCCCAUCAUAUUACACUGGAGUUUUGGGUUGAGGCACACAAUAAGUUGGGAAAAAUCGAAUCUGACCAUCUGAAGGAAGAGGCUGACUGGUUUGUGAAAACAAACCCUCCAUCAGACAUCAAAGUAAUUUCAGAGAAGAGUUUUCCCACUUCCCUACUUAUAAACUGGAUUCAUCCUAUUGCUGAAGAAUAUAUGAGAUUAAAAUAUCAAAUCAGGUUCUGCCCAAAUGGAUCUCAUAGUUGGACUUAUGUACCUCUUGUGGACACUGCCAAGUACAUACAGUCCUUUAGACUACAGAAACUUCAGCCAUACACAGUUUAUAUCGUUCAGGUGCGCUGUAGAAAUGCUGGAGAUGGUUACUGGAGCGACUGGAGUACCAAUGCUACCAAGAGAACACCAGAGGACCGACCAACAAGUAAACCAGAUUUAUGGAAAAUCAUUGCUGAAGGUGACCACGUAAAUGAACGACGAGUUCGGCUAAUUUGUAAGGAUCCUUUGUUUGCUAACGGGAGGAUUAUUAAAUUUGACAUAAAGAUUCAAAACCCGAACACCAAAGUCAAGAACGGAAGUUUGGGUUGGGAGAGUAUUCCAGUCAACAGGUCGGAGGCAGACAGCAGCUCAGCCCAACGGGAGAUCACCGAACUUAAAGAGAUUCACCUGGCUGACACCAAAUCCAUUGAAGUGUAUGUCACUGCCAUCAAUUCUGUGGGGAAAUCUGCUGAGGCAUCGUUAGUCAUCUCGGAAAAAGCACAUGAGCUCCCCCCAGUGGAAGAGAUGAAGGUGUGGUCCCAAGGAGGACAGCUGUGGCUGGAAUGGAAAUUCCACCACAGUAAAGCUGUGUCAGAAUAUGUGGUGGAAUGGGUCAGUGAUGGUCAGACAGACUGGCAGAGGGAAAACAGAAGCACCAGACACACAGUCAUUAAAGGCAACCUUGAGAAGUUUGUUUGCUACAAUAUAUCGGUGUAUCCGAUAUAUUCUGGAUGGAUUGGGAAGCCAGCAAGUAUAGAAGCAUUUCUGGAACAAGGAGCUCCGCUGGAAGGACCAGCUGUAAGACUGAAUGGUAAACCAGGACGUAACGAGGCAGAGCUGGUGUGGAAGGAGAUUCCCAAAGACAGGCGAAGAGGCUUCAUCACAAAUUACACAAUAUUCUAUGCAAGUGGGACUAACCUACAUGAGAUAACAGUGCCGGCUAAUACAACCUCAUACACUCUAAAGUCAUUGUCAGGAAACACCAAAUAUGACACUUGGAUCAGGGCUUCAACCAUCAGAGGCUCAGCCAGAGGCUUUAAUCACUCAUUCACUACUCUGAAAUAUGCAACGGGAGAGAUUGAGGGCAUCGUGGUAGGAGUGAGCUUUGGCUUUCUCUUUAUUGUUAUUUUGACCAUGCUGCUCUGUAUCUACAAGAAAGAUGUGAUCAAGGAGAAUUUUUGGCCUCGCAUUCCAAACCCCGGAGACAGCACCAUUGGAAACUGGUCUCCUGAUUAUCCUUUAAAAGCAGAGACACCAAAGGAGAACUGUCUGUCUGGCAUCAGUGUGCUUGAUGUAGAUUUGUGUGAUGGAAAGUGCAUGUUUGAGGAGGACAAAGCCAGUCUAACUCUGAAGAAGGACAAGUAUCUGUCUGAGGAGCACAGCAGCGGUAUUGGUGGCUCCUCCUGCAUGUCUUCACCUCGCCAGAGUGUGUCUGACAGUGAUGAAGGCGUCGACAUCGCUGACACCACUGCCAGUACCAUCCAGUACUCCUCAGUGGUGGCCUCCAAUGGUUACAAGGGUCAGACCCCCAGCUCCCAACCCCAGCAGGCCAUUUUUUCACGAUCUGAGUCCACACAGCCUCUGCUUGAUUCUGAGGAGAACCCAGACAUGUUGCUGCAGGAGGGCAGCAGACAGUCUCAGUGUUUCUCCCAACAGCCUUGCUUCACACGCACUCCACUGGACAAAGACAGCACUGACCCUGCUGACUUCAACCAGCUGAAGACAGAACAGCAGGAGGUGCUGCAGCCUCUGGACUUUUGUCCUCUGCAAGAGGAUUCUGAGCUGACAACAUCUACAGAUAGCCAGUCAGCUGAGUGGCUGCCUGCAGUACCAGUCUCUAGCUACAUGCCUCAGCUGGGUGGCUACAGGCCACAGUAAGAACACAGACAGACCUAGAUGUGCUAUCUGUGCGAAUGGUUCUGUGCCUAUGUAAAUGUCAAAUGUUAAUUUCAAGCAGUUUGAAAGACUGUACCAGUAUAUCCAAUAUAAAUAGAGCACAGUGUGAAUUAGAGCCUGUUGCAGUAGUUUGCUAGCUUUGCACUUACAUGGAAAAAUUGUGCAGCCAUAUCUUAACAUUAAAAUAAUGUCCAAAACAUACUCAACUCAUGUAUGAGAACAUUUUGAUCUGCACAGUUCCAUGUCGCAUUUCAAAAUGUAUUUUUUCUAAACAUUGCACAAGUGUGAAGCCAUGUUUGAUGAAUGAUGUUCUCUGCACCAGGAUUCUGCACCUUUGAUUUGUGCUUCUUAUUCUUUGUGGGUAAUCUCUUGGUGUAGCGCCAUCCUGAGGAUUUACCUCUGCAGGGAUGUGACAGUACCAUGCCCAGCCAUGGUCAUUUAUUAUACAUUGAGUCUAUUUUCAGCUGAAGUAUAUGCAGUACAGUAACAAAGUUCAAACUGACGUGUAAAUACUCCAGUGCAUGUUCAGCAAAAACAGUUUACUUUGAUAAGUAAGCUAAAAAAAUAGAAAAUUCUAAUAAAUAUAUUCGUGAUAUACAGUUUAUUACUGGUCCAGGCACUACUUUAUUUAUGGAUGUAAGGUCUUUCAUCUUUCUUUCAUGUUUAUUUCAUUUCUAAAAGUAAAAGUGAUUUUGGUCCAGCCAGCAGUGACAGAGUAAACACUCAGUGUUCCUAGAUUGUUUACCAAUCUCGAAUUUCUAAACAGUUAUGGUCUUCUGCUUGUUACUCUGAUAACCCUCUGAUGCGAUCAUUGAGAAUGACAUGGACCUAGUAUGUCACUUUCCUCUAACAUCAAUUUGAUCUUUAUCGUCAGCAUAUGUCCAGCUGGUGAAAAAUCCAUAUACUUUCUGACAGCUUCUAACAGAAUGCAGAGUUCUUCUGGACAAAAAGCAUUUCAAGGAAAAUACAUGUCAAGAAAAAACUCUGCUUGCCUGCAGUGUUUCAGUGUACAACAUCCAUGGGUCAUGUGUCAUGUUACAUUGAAGACGGAGGAAUUGCUGACUUAAUGUAGUAUUGUUAAUGUAUUCAGCAUGGUAUUUUGAUGUGAACUGCCAUGUGCCAAGAAAGCUUAAACCUUUCCCUGUGUUAGGUUGCUGUAAAUGGUUAUCAUUAUGAAAUUAUUAACUAUGCAAUAAAUAUUUCCAAAUGCAGUUA